UGGCAGAGUUAGGGAUAAGUGCGAUGGAGAAGAGAACACCUUGGAUUCGUCUGGCAGCCUUUCCACCGGACGAAUCACUGCUCUCGAUCCAAAUAGAAACACAUUCAUGGUGUCUGUCAGCGUGGCGCCAAGAGACACGAUCAGCGUUAUGUUGAACUACCAGGAGCUCCUUGAGAGGGUCCAAGGCUGGUAUACGCAGAAAAUAAGUCUCAAUCCACAACAGAUUGUGAGAGACUUCAGCAUCAAAGCCCACAUCACAGAGCCUCAAGGCAUUACGAAAGUCGAGUCGGGCAUCCUGCUGACUGCCGGGGGUGGAUCUGGUGUCAGCGGUGGGAUUUUGAGCGGAACGAGUUCCUACACUUCCUUGGAUGAUUACAUCAGGAGGAUUGGACAGACGCGUGUCAUCCUAGAGUUCCUCCCCACGUCGCAGCAGCAGCAGACCAUCGCUAGUGGUUCGUCAUCUGGAAUCAAUGGGGAUUUCAUUAUACGAUACGAUAUUCAACACGACUUCGGUGUAGGCCAGGUUCAGACGUCCAAUGAUGUCUUCGUUCAUCAUUUCUCCCCUGGAGGUCUUGGCCCCAUCCGCAAGUCAGUGGCGUUUGUUAUCGACGUCAGCGCCUCAAUGUUCGGCCGAAAACUGAAUCAAACCAAGGAGGCCUUGCUGGUCAUCCUGGAUCAGAUGCGAUCCGACGAUCGCUUCAAUAUCAUUACCUUUUCCGAUGAGGUUUAUUAUUGGCGUGAAGAUCAGAUGGUCUCGGCAUCCGCGUGGAAUAUCAACCUGGCAAAAGACCACGUUCGAUCCUUGACGGAUUUAAAGGGUACCAAUUUGAACGACGCCAUGAUCGAGGGGCUGAACGAGCUCCGCUUGGCCGGCGCUAUGGAGCCGGUCUCGGCCGACAACCCAGGUGUCUGCAUCCUCUUCGUGCUGACGGACGGAGUGCCGUCCAGGGGCGUGACAGACCUGCGCACCAUUGAGCGGAACGUCCGGCAGAGCAACCAGGGACGAUGCUCCGUGGUGACGCUGGGGUUCGGGACCGAGGUGAAGUUCGACUUUCUCGCUCGCCUGGCCCUAGAAAACAGUGGCGUGGCCCGAAAGAUCUUCCAGAAUUCAGCCGUGUCGCGGCAACUCAUCGGGGUUUACGACGAAGUUGCCACACCCUUGCUAGUAAAUGUCGCCAUCGAGUACCUCGGCAACAUUGUCGACCGUGAGUCGCUGACGAGGACCUUCUUCCAGAACUAUUUCGACGGGUCCGAGUUUGCAAUCAGCGGUCGUCUGGCCGACCUCCUAGCCUCCAAUCUGCCCAUCAGAGUCACGGCCAUCAGCUCCACGGGAGAGAGAACCAUUGAGGAGUAUGUGCCGAUCACAAACAGGGAUUAUUUCGCCAACUCUGCCUACGUCCCACCAGAAUCUGCCGAACGCACGGCCGCAUUCAUCACCCUUGCCCAGCUCUUCAACCAGUACACGGUAUCUGACGAUCCCGACGAGCAGCGGCGGAUCAUCGACAGGACGCUGGAGCUGUCGGAAAAGUACAACCUCCUGACGCCGCUGAUGUCCAUGACGUUCGUGGAUACACCGCCCACAACGGGCGGCAACCGGCGGGGCGGCACUGCCGCGGUACCGCUGAGCCUUCAAUGGGGCAUUAGGGGUACUGCCUACGAAGAGCCGAGCCAGGGACGCACGUACGGUAUCGGAGGCAGGAUAUGUACUUACGAGCCUGAUAUUGUGUUCGAUCUCAAGCGUUUGCACAUCAACUCCUUCAUCACUGACCGGUAUGCCAGGACCACUCUGAACGGUGCGGUAACCAACCGUGCAACCGACCGGCAAGACGUGCCCUUCACGCUCCACAUUCCGCCUGGGGCUUUCAUCUCGGGCUUCUCCCUGACUAUAGAUGGGCGGACCUAUACUGGUCGAGUUGGUGACAUCCGUAGCACGGAAUGGCAGCGGCUAUUUCCCUCGAGUGGCCAACAAAUAGCACUGGUUACUAGACGGGAUUCCACCAAAGAUACCUUUACCAUGCAAGUCCUGGGUGUGGCCCCUCAGUCCACCGUGACCUUUGAGCUAACCUAUGAUGAGCUUCUGGAGAGGAGGCGUGGUCUCUUUCAACAUCGUAUCAAUCUUUGGCCAGGCCAGGUUGUGGAUGACUUCCAAGUUGACAUCUAUGUCACCGAACCUCAAGGAAUCGGUGAUAUUUCUCUCAAAUACGACCCGCGUACGUCAGAGGGUCAGGAACAGACCCUUCAGGUUCGUCGAAGCAGUGACUACCGAGCCCACAUGCGAUAUGCACCCUCUGCUGACGAGCAGGUGACCUACUCGCCUGAUGGCCUGGCCGGUGACGUUGUGUUAGAGUACGAUGUGAUUCAUACCAGAGACGGAAGCUACACAGAGGUGCAAGACGGCUACUUUGUCCACUUCUUUUCGCCGAUUAGCUACCAGCACGCGGCCAAACAUGUCGUCUUCGUCAUCGACAUCAGCACCUCCAUGGUCGGCACCAAGCUCCGCCAGGUCAAGGAGGCCCUCAAGAUCAUCCUGGACGACCUGGGCCCCAGGGAUCGCUUCAACAUUCUGGUCUUCUCUGAUGGCGUGCAGUACUGGAGGCGCAACGCGCUGGUGCCGGCCACGCGGAGGAACAUCGACGCAGCCAAGAGAUUUGUGGAUGAUUUGAUCGUACAGGGAGAAACCAAUCUGGCUGAGGCAAUCUUACAAGCCGACGCACUAUUGGACCUGCAGUCUGAAUUCCUAGCCGAAGACGAAAACAUUCUCUCCAUGAUGUACGUCUUAUCCGAUGGCCAGCCGACCAUCGGGAUCACGGACCGGGAGGAGCUCAUCAGCACUGUCAACGCGGCCAUCAACGGGGAGCACGCCUUGUUCUGCCUGGGCUUCGGCCGCAACGUCUCAUUCGACCUCCUCGUCCAGCUUGGGCUCCAGAACCGCGGCAACGCCCGGCGGAUUCACGAGACAGCCGACGCCAGCGAGCAGCUGCAGAGCUUCUACUUCGAGGUGUCCCGGCCUGUCAUCUUCAACGUGGAGAUGGAUUACGAGCCCGGGGUACUUAACCCAGAGGACUUGUCUGUACAAAGCUUCCCGUUUUACUUUGAGGGAUCAGAGUUGUCCGUUGCCGGUAAAUUUUUUGAGAAUCCAAGCUCCAACAUCCUGGAAGGUAACGUGCGUGGAACCACUGCAACGGGACAGCCGUAUCGAAGAGAUUCUCGGCAUGAUAUCAGGAUCACGGCACCGGAGCUUAGAAGUGAAAACACAGUACCGGACGUAGUCCAGCGAAUCUGGGCCAUGAAAACCUUUCAAGAUCUGAUUAACCAGUUUGCCAUCACGAAGGAUCCUGUCACCCGGCGGGCACUGGCUGACAGAAUCGCGUCUCUUGCUGUCAGGUACAAUUUUGUCACACCACUCACCCCGAUGUCUUUGUCGAGACGGGAUCAGCCGACGGGCAACGUGCCGCCACCCUCCGUCAUACACACAGGCACUACCAUGGAUAUACUACGAAGCUUACUGGAAGAUCUUCCAGUGAAACCACUAGUCACCGGGGAUCCAUUUAAUGUUGCUACGGAAAGCUCUGACUAUAUCGACACUAAGAGCUUGACUAUCAACUCCCAGAUCGUGCUACGAUUUGCCACAACUACCGUGAGUUCCACCAUGGAGAACACGGGUACCAAUGCAGGAUGGGCCGUGUUCAAACAGAAGGUUCCCCUGCAGGCAUUCAUCACAGACUUUACCCUGGUCGUGGACGGCAAAACGUUCCACGGCGUCACAGAUCAGAAGAGCCGCAACGUCACCUUGCAAAGCGGUAACCUGGAACUGUCCCUCGGCGGGGGCUUUAUCAGUGAGCUGGACCCGGAGAGCAAAGUGUUUCUUGUGUCGGUGAAGGUUGAACCCGGUGCUUUGGCGGAGUUCUCACUCACCUACCAGAUGCUUUUGCCCAGGCGACGGGGAAUGUUCAAGCAUGUUGUGGGCCUCUUCCCCGGGCAGGUUGUGGACGAUUUGAGGGUAGAUGUCAACAUCAUUGAGCCUCAGGGCGUGAAUAUCGCUGACGCCUACGUUACGGACCGCUCCCUGGGUGACAGUCUGGCCCGCCUCCCACAGCUCAUGACACGCCUUAGUAACAGCAACUGGAGGGUGAGAUACCAGCCGACCAGGCAACAACAGCAGCUACUGAGUUCGGACGGCAUCAUGGGAGAUUUCACAGUAGAGUAUGAUGUCAUCCACAACAACGAUGCUGGUGACAUUCAGGUCCUCAAUGACUACUUUGUUCAGUUCUUCUCUCCGAGCGGCCUAUCUGUGCUCCGCAAGCACGUAAUCUUUGUCAUCGACAUCAGCAGCUCCAUGGAGGGCGUCAAGCUGGCGCAGGUAAAGGCGGCCCUCAAGACAAUCCUGGACGAGAUCUCCCCGGGAGACAAGUUCAACAUCCUGCCCUUCUCCAACCAGGUGGAGUUUCUGGACCGCUACCGGAUGGUGGAGGCCUCCGAGGCCAACCUGGAGUACACCAAGUCGUACGUGGACAAACUUCAAGUGUUUGACGCCACGAACCUCAAUGAUGCAAUACUUGAAGGGGUCAACAUGCUCAGACGGGAGGGCGAAAAGGUGCGCGGGGAAAAAGUCAUCUCUAUGUUGGUGGUGUUGACGGACGGCGAGCCGACCUUCGGCGAGGUCGAUAAGGGCGAGAUUGAGCGCAAUGUCGAAGACGCUAUCAACGGCGACUACUCGCUCUUCUGCAUCGCCUUUGGCGAGGACGCCGACUUUGCGUUCCUCAAUCGGCUGGCUCUCAACAACUACGGCGUGGCCCGCCGGGUACCGGAGAGGGCGGACGCCAGCAUCCUCCUGCAGGGCUUCUAUGAUGAGGUGGCCACGCCCCUGCUCUACGACCUCCAAUUCUACUACUCGGAGGGCGUGGUGCCCAACACGCUGAGCAACAGGUUCUUUGCCAACUACUUCAACGGGUCGGAGAUCGUGAUUGUGGGGAAGUUGGACGAGAAUCGGCUGGCCAAUCACGUCUUGAGAUCGUUCAUGUACGGUAAAACAGCAGACAGCGAAGUAUCGUUGGCAGCGGAUAGCAACACAGUUGUGCCAGCUCGAGUCUUACUGGACCGGUCCAUCCCACCCGAUCUCAUCGAGCGCAUCUGGGCCUACGUCAUGAUCGAGUCGCUGGAGCGCAGACGGGACACCUUGAAGAGCCCCAACCCCGUCAUCCAGUUCAUCCAGCAAGACAUCACCGACACGUCCCUCCGGUACGCCUUCCUGAACCCCUACACGAGGAUGACAGUCAGUGAGCGGCGACCAGGGACGCCUGGUGGGGGCGGCACGGUCGGCCUGAGCGUCUGGGAGCGCCAGCUGCCUGUCGACGUCAGAGACAGUCUCAGUAAGGCUCUGACGGUCGUGCCAGACGUUGUUCCCAUCCCCAAUGGUGGAACAGGGAGCUUUCGAGUUCAUGUGUCUCUGUGCUUCGACAUCAACGGUGGUGCUGGUGACGUCAUCAGUUUAGUGAAAGAUCGAGUUAAAGGUGUGUACAUAAACGGCAAAUUAAUCACCAAUCUCGUCCAGGAGAGCGGUGUGCAGAAGCAGGAAACUUACAUCGGCGAGAUCGGGGCUGUGUUCACCGGGCAGCGGCGCGGCAGCGCCCGGUACACUGUCAAGGUUAGGUUUACGCCCGCCCGCAUUGUCGUCAACGCCAACCACACCAUGCUGUGGGACGCCAAGAGCACCCUCCGCCUCGGGGAGGUCGGGGUCAAAGUGGACCGGCGAGCGGCCACUGUCUCGCUCAGGAAGGACGUGGAGUUCACGGUCGCGCGGUACACGGCCAAUCGGGACAGGCCCGGCUUCCUGGGCUUCUACCUGAACGGCGGGGCGGAACUGUCGACCGGCGCAAAAGGACUCAUUGGUCAGUUCCGACGAAGUGACUCGCAAAUUUCCAUAACCCACAACCGACCCGUCAGUGCUGACUCUCAGUCUUGCAGCGGGCAGGCAGAGCCAGCAACUGGAGGGCAGCCGGUCUUCAGUGAAGCCGGGAAGAAGAAGGUGCAUUGUUGGGUAGCCGCGCAGAUUGAAGCCGAGGAGGGCUUCAUCGAAGGCCAGUACGGCCAGUAUCUGACGUCGGAUGUGUUUGGGGCGUUUUAGGCCCUCGACGCAUUUGUGCACACAAUAAUUAAUUUUCCUAAAGUUGGGCUUCUUCUCUCCAAUUUUAUCUCCACCAGUCUUUUGAGCAAGAAUUAAAGGACUUGAAUCAUGACAGUAUAGAGCCAGAGACGUAAGACAAAAUAGUCAAGGUUUGAAGAAAAAAGUGCCAGAAACUGCAGACAAUUAUACGCCAGUGUAAAAUAUAUACCUUGGCCUUUUGCCAUGAAACGCAGGAAGGGUGUAUGUUUUCCACUAAUAGCUACAUGUACAUGUUUUGUCGAACAAAGCUGUCCUACAUUAUUAAGAGCCAACAUGCAGUAGACCAGAAGUAACUUUUAAAAUGCCGUUCAAUCAAAAUUCUGUUGACUGCAGAUUGAAAGGAGAAUUGCAGAUCAACCACAACUAUUCUUGUUUCAGUCUAGUUUGGGGAUACUCAAGUGACAACAAAACUUUCGUAGCCCACAUGGGAUAUACUGAAAUAACUGGCCCUGUUUAUAAUGCAUUUAGUGUCAACGUCACAUUUCUUUUGCCAGUUUAGCCGGAAUGAAACAACAUAGACUAGUCUGAUGACCAGAAUUGGAAGCCACCAACUAUGUGGAGGCUCAACGCUCAUGGUCAGGUCGUACGCGCGCGUUACUUGCCUCUUUGACCAACUGGUUGCAGUGAUUUGCCAAAUGCGCACGCGCCACAAGUUAAUCCACCGUAGUGAUGGCGUCCCCUUAGAUCAGUCUAGGGCAUUCGGCAAAAAUUGACCAGCGGUUGACAAAAUAGUCUCCACUCGAACCUGCCCCUAUAUGUGACAUAACCACGAUUUGCGCCAGGCAUUUUUAAUGUAAUACAUCGUCUUGAUGUGUUCCCUGUGGUGUGUUUUUAUUUCCUGUCAUUCCAAAUUUUAGAUGGUGUUUUCGUUUAUACCAUACAUGUAUUACAAGUCAGUAUGUCGUUUUGUAUGCCUAACUAAAGCAAGUUCUACCAGCGUUAGGUUGAUAUUUCGAGUUAAAGAUUUUUUUGGCUUCAUUUCUCUAGUGGUGAAGUGCCUUUUAUUGGACUACAUUCAGUUAUCAUUUCAUGGAUUUUUAUCGUUCUGUGUUCAACUUUGCACAAAGCAGAGUUUCCUUAAAAAUUGAUGAAUGGAAUGCAUCAUGCAUUUUAUCACAGCGACAAUAAAGCCUAGAGACCUCUGCCAGCCAGAUACAUGUAACAAGAAUUAAAGAAGUCUCACCUUUUAGUACGGAAUGA